AAAGAGUCAGGGAAAAGGUGGUCAAAUGUAAUGCCGGACCUCCAGAGGGUUCUAUUGGUGAGACAUUUGAACAAGGCAGGGAAGAUAGCAUAGAUCCAGAGGACGAAAAGACUUAAGAUGCUGGCGUGGAAUCAGAAGCGGAGGCUGCAAACAUUCCGUUUAUGGCCGACAAGGAGGGGAGGAGAUCGUAUAGCUGCACGUCCAAAGACUGUCACAAUCUCAUUGGCCCCGGUGUUCAGUGGCGUAUGUGUGAUCCCUGUAGGCUGCAAAGGAAGGCCUUGCAAGCACGUCGUCGAGCGGAAGUUGAACAGGAAUUGAGGAAUGCGGAGAAGGCUUGGCAGCUUCAAGCACAGACUGAUGCUACUGCUCCCAAUUCGCCCCCCGUCCAUAUUCCAGUCGCUGGAACCAGCGGGAUUGAUGUAGGUAUGGCUAUCUCAUCUAACACUGGAGAUGCGUCAAUCGAUGGUGGAGAGAACGUAAAUCAGCCGAAUGCCAACGUUGACGAAAGUCCUAUGGGCUGUUUGACACCAAAUGUAGAAGAAAGUCGCAGCUUGUUCCUAGAUGGCGUUGAACCAAAUCCCGAGCUGUCCGCCCCUGUUGCUGUUGAAGCCAUUGUAAAUGAGGUAGACUCAAUCUCAGCGGCACCUCCUACACCAGCUACUGGUCCUAACAUGGAAAGGCCAGGUUCCAAAGGAUCACUGAAGAAGGUAAAGUAAUCUCGCUCUUUCACACUAGCUUCACUCGUUAAGGGAUCACCAUAACCUAGACCAACGACAAAGAAGCACCACUUUUCACGGCUAUUGUCGGUGACCCCAUACCUUCUGCUACGAAUGACGCCGUCGCAUCUGCACGAAAGAA